AUGGAUUGCUUUGCAAACGAUCGUGAAGCACUGAAUGAUUUCGCUAAAUAUUAUAACAACACAUUUCUAAGUGAUAUAUCUAUUUCAGUAGGCGACAAAAUUUUUGCUGCACAUCGAAUAAUAUUAGCGAAAAAUAGCGAUGUAUUUGCUCAGAUGUUGAGUGAAAAGUGGAACGGUGAUAAGAAGGAACUGGAACUGAUCGAAGAGCCGGCUUGUCAGCAAGCAUUUGACGCAUUUUUACGUUUUCUCUACUGCAAUCAUAUAUUUUUACAAGCUGAAAAUGCGCUACCAUUAUUGAUUCUCGCUGAUAAAUACAAUGUUACCAGUUUGAGAAAUGCAUGCAUUGAUUACGCAAUAAAUAAAAUUUUACCGGAUUUAUCCAUGAAGGAUUUAUUCCACGUAUGGUUUUCAUAUGCAACUAAAACAUAUCAUGAGCGAUUGAUGAGGGCAUGUAUCAAAGUACUGGCAUGGCAUUUCGAAGAUAUGAUAAUGAGCGAGGAAUGGGAAAAAGAAUGGUUAUCAAUGGAUCAAGAUCAACUCAUUGAACUACUCAAAUCAAAUGAUCUUGUUUUGCCAAAUGAAUUUGGUUUAUGGAAGGCUAUACACAAAUGGUUGAUGGCACCAUCUCAUCCUGAAAGAAAUGGGAGUGAUAUUUCAGCACUUUUGGCUGCUAUUUUACCAUUAAUCAAAUUUUCAUUCAUGACAGCAGAAGAACUGAUAUUGGUUGAACGAUCGCCUCUCGUUGAAUCACAUCAGGAACUAUUCCAACCACAAAUUUUGCUUGCUUACAAGUUUCAAGCCCUUUCUUUAGCAAGCAGAGCUAACUGCAAAGAAUUCAGUGGAUCUCAAUUUAUCCUUCGAAACUAUACUGACGUUAGGUGGGAUAAGCGUGUUACUAUUCCAGUUAGCGAUUUGGUUUAUGAGAAAGUAACCAGUUACAUCUAUAAUCUAACAACUCGUUCAUCAACAUAUCCAAUGACACCAUGGAAUUGGAAAUUAAAAAUGGGAUCUCAACUGCUGAUGAAUUCACGAGAUAAAGUCAGAAUUUACUUGAUAGCAGAUGAUAUUGACCAGCCACGUUGUAUUGAAUAUCUGAUACAGAUCAUAAAUGACAAGCAGGUGUUGCGAUCAUUCACUUGCAAGAAGAAUUUCUCAAAAGCUAGAUACAGUACCGAUAUUGAAAUUCAGAAGGAACUUGACCUCAUCGAAUUACUUGGCGAUAACUCACUGCUGGUUGUAAAUAAUGAACUUCAUUUACAGAUUACUUUGCGCCCCAUCGACUGA